AUGGGUAACGACAAAGGAUUCGAUACUAAAAAAUUCGCCAUUGACUUGCUCACCGGUGGUACUGCUGCUGCUGUCUCUAAGACUGCUGUAGCUCCAAUUGAACGUGUCAAACUUCUUCUUCAAGUUCAAGAUGCUUCAGAUGCUAUUGCUAAAGACAAAAGAUACAAGGGAAUCAUUGAUGUCCUUGUUCGUGUCCCAAAAGAACAAGGUAUGAGUGCCUUGUGGAGAGGUAACUUGGCUAAUGUCAUUAGAUAUUUCCCAACUCAAGCUUUGAACUUUGCCUUCAAAGAUACCUACAAAAAACUUUUCUUGGAAGGUCUUGACAAAAAGAAAGAUUUCUGGAAAUUCUUUGCUGGUAACUUAGCUUCUGGUGGUGCUGCUGGUGCAACAUCUCUUUGCUUUGUUUAUCCACUUGACUUUGCUCGUACCAGACUUGCUGCUGAUAUUGGUAAAGGAUCAACUAGAGAAUUCAAAGGAUUGUCUGAUUGUCUUAUUAAGAUUGCUAAAUCUGAUGGUCCAAUUGGUCUUUACAGAGGAUUUUUCGUUUCUGUUCAAGGUAUUAUCAUUUACCGUGCCGCUUAUUUCGGUAUGUUCGAUACUGCAAAAAUGAUAUUCGCUUCUGAUGGAAAGAAACUUAACUUCUUCGCUGCUUGGGGUAUUGCUCAAGUUGUUACUGUUGGUUCAGGAAUCCUUUCAUACCCAUGGGAUACCGUUAGAAGACGUAUGAUGAUGCAAUCUGGACGUAAAGAACUUCUUUACAAGAACACAUUGGAUUGUGCCCUUAAAAUUAUCAAGAAUGAAGGUAUGUCUGCUAUGUUCAAGGGAGCUCUUUCUAACGUUUUCCGUGGAACUGGUGGUGCUCUUGUAUUGGCUAUUUACGAUGAAAUCCAGAAAUUCCUUUAA